AUGUUAAGAGAAGAAUAUAUAGAAAACAAUGAGGAAAUAAAUGACUUUUUUUAUAAUUUAUCCAACGUAAUUGAUGAAAAUGACAUAAAAAAAUUAGAUAAAAAUAGGAAAACAAAGAGAGAAAAAAAAAAAGAUAAAAGAGAAUUAUUAAAAGAAAAGAGAAAGAAAAAUAGACCAGAAGAAAAAAAAAGGAAGAAAAAUAAAAGAAAGGAAGAAUUAUUAAAAAUAUUAAAUGACAUGAAUGAAGAAGAAAAAAUAGCAUAUUUAAAGGAAAGAAAAAUUUUAGAGAAAAAAAUGAAAGAAAAAAAAAGAGAAUUUUUAUUAGAAUCUUUUACUAUGGGUUACAAAAUAUGUUUUAAUUGCAAUUUUCAAAAUUACAUGGAAGAAAAGGAAAUAUCAAGUUUAGCAAAACAAAUUUUUUUAUCAUAUCAUUAUAUGACAAAAAACAACAUACCCAUACAAUUUCAUUUUACUUCCUUAAAUAAUAACGAUAGUUUAUUUUCAUAUCUUAAAAAAUAUUCAAUAAAUAAAUGGAAAGUUCAUAAACAUACAGAAAAUUAUUGGGAUAUUUUCUCAAAAGAAAAAAUUGUAGUUUUAUCACCUGAUGCUAUCGAAGAAUUAGAAGAAGUAAAAAAAGAUGAAGUAUAUAUUAUUGCAGCUUUAGUAGAUAGAAGUGUAUCUAAGAAUUUAUCUUUUUAUGAAGCGUCUUCAUAUGGUUUCGUAACAAAGAAAUUGCCUUUAGAAAAAUAUAUUAAAAAAAAAAAAAGCAAUGUUUUAAAUGUUAAUACUGUAGUUGAAAUUUUAAUAAAUUAUAUAAAAAUUAAAAACUGGAAAAAGGUCUUUGAAAUUUGUAUUCCACAAAAAAAAGUUCUUUGUUUUUGUCAUGAAUUAUCUCAAAAUGAAAAUAAAAAUAUAAAUAUAUAUAAUAAUAAAUAUGAAUAUGAAAGUGAAAAUGAAAAUAUGGAUAGGAAUCUAAUUCAAAAUAUAAACGAAUGUAAUAAUAAAGAUAUUCAUGAGAAUAUUUAUGAGAAUAUGAAAAAAUAA